GGGCCAGAAAGCGGAGCCCAGGUGCCUUCCAUCGUUUGAGAGCCAGCGACCCUCGCCCUAGGCUUUCAUCUUCACCAUGGCUGAGCUGAUCCAAAAGAAGCUGCAGGGAGAAGUGGAGAAAUACCAACAGCUGCAGAAGGACUUGAGUAAAUCCAUGUCAGGGAGGCAGAAGCUUGAGGCCCAGCUAACAGAAAAUAAUAUCGUGAAGGAGGAACUGGCCUUGCUGGAUGGAUCCAACGUCGUCUUUAAGCUUCUGGGACCCGUGCUUGUCCAACAGGAGCUAGGGGAGGCUCGGGCCACAGUGGGAAAGAGGCUAGACUAUAUCACAGCGGAAAUUAAGCGCUAUGAAUCGCAGCUUCGGGACCUUGAGCGGCAGUCAGAGCAACAGAGGGAAACCCUUGCUCUGGUGCAGCAGGAGUUCCAGCGAGCCCAGGCAGCAAAGGCUCCUGGGAAGGCCUGA